CUUUAAACAAUGCCCCCACCAAAGUGGCCACCACGUAGACAUGUAGUUUAGCUGAGCCGAUAUGGCUGAACGUGUUUAGUUCUAUUCUUAUCUGUGGUCUGGCCGCCCAAGUUACCUUCAAGGACCCACCAAAUUCGUUGUUAUAACUGUUCAUAUACAACUUCAGAGAAUGUACCAUGUACGAUACAUAUUUUUAAUUUAGUAAUUUACGUUUCCAAUAAGAGUAUGAAAAACUUUUAAACGGCAAAAGAAUGGUGCAUUUUGAGUCGUGACGAGUUGCGCCUUCUCUUGCGGAAGUAGCCAAAAACUCUCGGGCGACUCUUCCGGUCUACAUUUUGUAAACACAAGUAUUUGGGACACGAAAAUAACUCGUUCGUACACUUCAAAUUAGUGUCGCUAGCUGGCUUUUGUGCUCCUCGGAAAACCGCGGGGAGAUCUUAUUUCGUGACGUGACGUCGAAUUUUGGCCACAUUUUAGUUUGGGAAGACACCGAAGAAGACCUGUGAAAACAAGCUAGCGGUGUCGUCGUCGAGUGCCUGCGAGUGUGUCGCUCAUGCAGCUCUCACUUCAAUGGGGAACUGCCUGUUUUCCCAAGGAGCGGAUGAUCUGUCUCUGCUGAACGAGUCCGAGGGUGGAAGCCUGCCGGGAGAGCCGCCGCCGCCGCCGUACCAGGAGCGCCCGCAGCCUGUUCCCGUGUACCACCCCACGCCCGGAGAGAGUCGCCUGGCCAGCCAGCUGAGCGAGGAGGAGCAGGUCCGCAUCGCCCAGCGCAUCGGCCUCAUCCACCACCUGCCCAGGGGCAUCUUUGAUCCGGGCUCCGACCCCGCCGACCGCAAAGUCAAAGAGUGUGUGAUCUGCAUGAUGGACUUUGAGUACGGCGACCCCGUCCGGUUCCUGCCGUGCCUGCACAUCUACCACACGGACUGCAUCGACGCCUGGCUCAUGCGCUCCUUCACCUGCCCGUCCUGCAUGGAGCCCGUGGACGCGGCGCUGCUCGCCACCUACGAGGCCAACUGAGCUCCCCCCCCUCUCCCCCCUCUCACCCCCCAGGCCUACAAAUAACUGCACCUUGAUAGCCCAAACUGUCCUCGCUGCUGGACGCAGGUAGCCCAAGGCCGUGUGGCGUCGUGCGCGUGUUCCCGAAUUGCGUACGUGUGUUGAAACUGUACAUUACAGUAAUAGCUUGGAUCUGAUAGGUUGGUAAACUGUUUUUUUUUUUUUUUUUUUUUUCAUUUUUUAAAAAAAUUUCACAGCAAAACCGUGUGCCAAAUUGAACUAGAUGGAAAAAAAAAUACAUAAUACACACGUAGCACCAAAUUUCUUGUUUUUCUUUAAACUUUUACAUAGCCUCAAAUCUAUAUUUAUAUUUUAAGUUGAGUUUUUAUGGCACUUGGGUGUCACAAAUGUCACUUUGUGAUGUGCAAUAUGUAUUAUCAACCGCUAGAAAGCAGGUGCAAUAGACCUGAAUCGAGAUUAAUUCAUUCAUUCAUUCAUUCAUUCAUGAAUUCAUGAGUUAAUGUGACAAAAUAUGAUUGGGAUCACUUAUGAAACGAGUGACUUUGUCAAGAGCACAAUAAAAUCCUUUGGCACCAUUUCACCUUUAGAAUAUAUGAAGGAAUAUUCGGACCACUGAGAAAUGUUUUUUUUAUGACCCCAAUAUGAUACUUAUAAUAACUUAUUUUCACAACAUUGAAAGUUUUUUUUCUGUUUAACAAAUGAAAAAAAUAUUUCAACUUUAGUCUCUUCAGUGUGUCUAAUACUUCUUUAUGUAGAGAUAAUUCUGAGAGAUUGGUUUAUUUUGGAAAUGUUUAACUUUAGUUUUAUUGACUAUAAAUCUCGUGUAGUUUUCUUAUGGAGGGCUAUGAGUGUUAGAAGUGUAAUUUUUUUUUUUUGUGAUGAUAUUUGCCAGUUUAGUUGCUGGCCUCGAUGCUUUUUUUUUUUUUUUUUUUUUGGUUUGCUCGUCACCAGCAGCAGAGUUGAAUGUACCGGUGGGCGCGUAGCGAGUGACGUGUUUUGGUUUGGCCCGGCUGCGGCGCCUUGUGAGAGUGAAGGAAGUGCAGAAUCUUGUGAAGUACAAUCACGUCGACUGCGUUCUCCCGCGUCGUGUCAGUCGGUCCGCUAGGGAGAGCCACACACCAGCACUCUUCUUCUCUUUUCUGUAACGCUUUCUUUUUCCGCCGCUGCCGCUGCUCACUCAUCCGUUUUAAUUUAUAUGUGCAAUCCACAAAUGUGUAGGAAAGGUGAUUUAACCGUCAUUAAAGAUGAUAAUACAUUUCGUUGAUA